AUGCAGGACGACCGAGCAGAGGAUGAGCCGUCGCAGCCGCCGCCUGGCAUCUGGGGUACGGUCAAGUUCGCGUACGAUAGUCUCGUGCGCACGGUCAUACGGCCGCAACGGUCCACGUACACGAUGGACGACCUCGGGCCGACGACGUGCCUCCUGGCCCACAACCUCGUCGUAGCGCGCCAGGAUCUUACACUUCGGAAUGAAAAGGGCCUUGCUAUCGAGUGCAGCUGGUGGAAGCGCAAGGUGCCGCCGACUAGCGAGAAGAAGCCGGCGCCGUGCAUCGUCGUGCUGCACGGCAACAGCUCGUGCCGCCUCGGCUGCAUGGAAAUCCUCUUCCACGGCCUCGCCGCGGGCUUCACCGUCUUUGCACUCGACUUUAGUGGCUCUGGCAUGUCAGAGGGCAAGUACGUCUCGCUCGGAUACCAUGAGAAGCGGGACAUUGACGUCGUCCUCGCACAUCUCCGUGAAUCUGGCGAAGUCUCCAACGUCAUUCUCUGGGGCCGCAGCAUGGGCGCAGUUGCUGCACUUCUCUGCAGCCAAAGCGACACCAACAUCACGGCGCUCGUGCUCGACAGUCCUUUCUCCAGCUUGAAGCAGCUCGCUCUCGACCUCGUCGAUGAAGGCAAACUCAAUGUGCCCAAGAUUGCCGUCACCUUGGUGAUGCGCGUGCUGCGGCGAGACAUUAGGCGUCGCGCCAAGUUUGACAUGUUCAAGCUCAACCCGAUCGCGUCCAUGGACAAGUGCAAGGCGCCGGCCUUUUUCGCGAUCGGCGAGCAGGACGAGCUCGUUGCGCCCAAGCACGUCGACUUGCUCUUCCAAGCGCACAAGGGCCCCAAGCAGCGCUUCACGUUUCUCGGUGGCCACAACUCAGUGCGACCCGCGGCGUUUUACCACGAGGCCAUCAACUUUUGCCGUGUCAUGUGCGGCCAGCUGCCACUGCCGCCCAUGGACGAGGCGGACGACAUCACGUCGCCGCUCGAGCUGCUCGAGCCCGAUCUUUGCGCCGACGACAUUGCGAGUUUGAGCGUGAAGGAGCUCAAGCAAAUGCUCAACGACGGCGGCAUUGACAAUACCCUUCUGAGUACGGUUGUCGAGAAGGCCGAGCUCGUGGACCUCGUGCUCAAGCUGCAUGCCCGCCGGGUACGGCCACGGCCGCGUCGCCACUCGGACGCAGACUCGGAGCACGGCCCGCCCGCAGGUACCGAGCGGCGAUACUCGACGGGCAGUGACGGCGUCUCGCUCGACAACGUUUUGCCCGAGCUCGACGACCUGCGCCCGCAUGCUGCUCGGCGUUAA